CUUGCUUAUGGUGAAGGAGCAUCCCGUCGUAAACACAGACGCGAAUGACAGGAUAACAGUUUGACCUUCUCCCUUUUUUAUCGUGCUGCGUCUUUUCUUAUUGCUAUUUCCUGUCCUUCCCUUGUCCCUCUUGCUCUGUUGCUGCGUCGCCUCUUCUCAGGUUGUGCAGCUGGGCAAGAUGCUCAACGACCCCAGCCCAGGAGAGUGGUCGUGGCGGCCGCCCGCGCCAUCGGCGGCGUCGGGCCGGGCGCGGCGUCCCAGACCCAGGGGCUCGAGGCGGUGCUCGAGAACAACGCAGAGGACAGGUCCUCAUUCGCCUCGGCGGCGACGGGCAUGUCUCGCCGGGAACCCGCAGCGCGCAGGAAACCAGCCUGCGCGGCGGCGGCAGCGCUGGCCGCCAUCGGGAUCGCCGGUGCCAAGUCUGCGCCCAAGGUCGCGGCGUGCCUCGCGUCCCAAGACGCGGAGUUGCGUGCGGAGGCGGCGCGGGCCCUCGGGCUCAUGGGUGCGGCCGGCGCCAAGUACGAGGGCGACCUGGUCCGGCUGCUUGGCGACGCCUCGCCAAGCGUCGCAGCGGCGGCUUGCUGCGCCCUGGGGUGCCUGGAGGCGCGCGCCCAGGUGGGCUCGCUCGCCCCGCUUCUGAAGAGCCAGUUCCCCGCCGUGCGCGCGGCCGCUUGCCAGGCCCUGGGCACCAUGGGGCCCGCGGCGGAGCUGCACGUCGAGGAGGUGGUGCGGCUGCUUCAGGACAAGUCCGAGCAGGUCGCCUCGGAGGCGGCGGCGGCGCUGCCCAAGUGCGGGGAGGCGGCCCAGGUCUACGCGUCGGAGUUGUGCCGGCUGAUGCUCGGCGACGCGCCCCCAGCGGUGCGCGCCGCGGCGGCCCUGUCCCUGGCCGCCAUGGGCGAGCGCGGGGCGGCCUUCCAGGAGGAGAUCGAGGUGCUGCUCCAGGAGGACCCCGCCCCGGAGGUCCAGGCGGCGGCGGAGUCCGCGCUGCGGAUGAUCGAGUCGCACUCCACGGAGGUGGCCAGCGCCGCCGCGCGGGCCGCGGAGAUAGCGGACGCGGCGGCUUCGGCGGCCGCGGAUGCCGCAAGGGCGGAGGCCGCAGCACAGGCUGCGCGGGCACAGUUGCCGCUGGAACUGGCUUACGUGGACCCUGCGGCGGUCCGCAGGCCAGUCGCGCUGAUGUUCCCAGGCCAGGGGUCGCAGCACGUCAAGAUGCUGCAGGACGUCCAGGACUUGCCAACGGUCAAGGACAUCCUCGCAAAGGCGAACUCGAUUCUGGGCUACGACAUCCUGGCCAUCUGCAUGGAGGGCCCGGAGGAGAAGCUCGGGCAGACCAGGUUCUGCCAGCCGGCCAUGUACAUCGGCGGAUUGGCCGCGGUCGAGAAGUUGAAGACGGAGAAGCCCGACGUGGUCCGGUCGGCCCAGUGCGUGGCUGGGCUCUCGCUCGGGGAGUACGUGGCGUUGACGGUGGCUGGCGCGCUGGACGUCGAGACGGGGCUGCGGCUGGUGAAGCUUCGGGGCGAGGCGAUGCAGGAGGCAGCAGAGGCGUCGCCACAGAUGAUGGCGUCGAUCGCGGGGUUGCCUUUGGCGAAGGUGGAGGAGAUUUGCAAGGAGUGCGGCGUGGACGGCGAGGUGUGCCAGGUGGCCAACCACCUGUUCCCCAAUGGCUUCGCCUGCGCAGGCAGCAAAACUUCGGUCGAGAGGCUCGUGGAGGUGUGUGGCCAGACGGAAGGGAUCAUACAGGCAAGGGCCCUCAAGACCUCGGGCGCCUUCCACACGAAGCUGAUGAUGCCUGCCAGGGAGAAGCUGCUGGCGGCGCUGAAGGACGUUGAGCCCAAGAUGCAGCCGCUCAGGUGCGAUGUGUACAUGAACGUGACGGGUCAGAGGUUGCCGGCGGGCACCCCUCCCUCUGUCAUCAUCCCGAUGUUGGCUGAUCAGCUCUGUAGCACAGUCCGCUGGUGCCCCGCCAUGGAGGCCAUGAUCCAAGAUGGUAUCAAGGACCAUAGAUUCUACGAGUGCGGGCCCAUGAAGCAGCUCAAGGCCAUGAUGAAACGCAUCAGCGCCGAGGCGUUCGGGAAGACCGCGAGCGUCACCGUAUGAGCGUGGGCCGUCAGCUUCUCCUAAGCAGCUGGCAGACCUCCGCCCUGGCCCAAGCGAGCUGUUUGACGGCUGUGGCGGCAUGCGGCCAUCCCGGUAAAACCUCCUGAAAAACCUCGCCUGUUCACGACCAUCCUCCCCCUCGUCCUAGUUUUCCCCCUCUCUCCUCUUGGAGGAGGUGGGACAUCUAGCUUGGAUUACGUGGUUUGGCACCGUCUGAUGUUGUGGCAUACCCGUAUUUUUCCGCUGCUGCCCAUUGAAUAUAAGAGCCUCUUUGCUGGCGCCAUGCUGGUCUUAUCCAGGGCCUCACCCUUGUCCUCCUCACACUCGUUC